AUUUUGUUUUUACAAGCGGAGGAAACUGCCACUGUCCACGUGGAAUUUGAUCCAGUUUAUCAGAAUGACAACCAUAGUAGACGGGCCGACGAGUUGCUAUUUCUGCGAUAUGAACAACAUCCGCAGACGGAUGCGAUCCGUCUAAUCGGUGAAGUACACUUUCCGAACUUGAAGUUUGAUACGAACAGUGUAUCUUUUGGCCACAUUCUCAAUCAUACAGAAGUCACUCGUCACGUAUUGAUGACCAAUACAAGUCCGCUAUUAGUACGAUUUCGAUGGAGUUUCCUGGUUGGACAGCGCACAAACAUUGUUUUCAAGCGUCAAACUCGAUUAAAGCCCUCUGGGUUUGAGAAAGACGGUCCUAUGCUCGACGACCAAAACCCGAAACAAAGCGAAGUGGAAAAAAUAGAACAAAUCCAAGAAGAAUUACUAGCCGUUGAACAUCAAAUGGGAGAGGUAAAUUGUCCGAAAAAUGAAGAUCCUGCUGACGAAGAUGAUCAAGGAUGUCGAAUAAUAGAUCCAAUCCAAAGUCCUGGAGGAGAAAACGUUUCAGAAAAGCAUGGAGAUGCUUGCGAAGGAAUUGCCGAUCUACAAGAUAAUGAAAAUUUGUCAGUCGACGGGUUGAAACCGAUUGAAAAUGAAAUUUUGCAAGAACUUCUGGAAAAAGACAAUGAUGUGGUUCCUUUAGGUAUAGAAGAACUGUUUGACAUUACACCUCUUUAUGGAGAACUUGAACCGGGACAAAGUCAGUCGGUCAGUUUUGUGUUCUUUGGACACGCCGAUGUUGAGGCCUCUGUGACAGCACUGUGCGAAGUAGAUGGUGGCCCAACCUACUCUGUGGAACUCAGUGGAGGAGCAUCCGACAUAGAAUACGACAUAGAUAGGACAGAAAUAAUAUAUGACCCAGUUCGUUAUGAUAAACCAGCUGUGAGUCAAAUUGUCCUGAUGAAUACGGGUCAAGUAGGGUUCGAAUUCAGUAUUUUCCCAGGUGACUGCUAUUCGGAAGAACAGUGUGCUGAGUUGUCAGACGAACCCAAUGUGAACGAAAUCGUCACUGGUCAACUUACAGUUGAACCAUCCAAUGGGUAUCUAGGCGCUGAUGAGGUUUGUAACAUCAAGAUCACAUAUUUAGCUCGUAAACCGUCGGUUUUUGAACGAGCUAUUAUGAUUCAGGUCGCUCAUUUUGCGCCACAGAGGAUUAUUCUUCGCGGAUUGGCUGAUUUUCCUAGAAUAAAUCUUGAUCUGCCCCGCUUUUAUGCGUCACAGAACAAACGAAAACACAUUAGAGAACUAAGCGACGAUACUGGAGAUUUUUUGAAGACUGGGCCUUCGGAUGCACCUGCAUAUGAGAUUGUUAUGACUCAGUUGUUAUCUGAUUUGCACCUCUAUGUUACACAACAGCUACAGAGUAACGCAAAUCAAGGAAACCUCAAGGCUGUCUGUUCUUGCCAUAAACAUCGUGGGAACAAGCUGAACCAAAAGGCUGAAAAGCAAGAUGGGUUACAUAAAUCACGCCAAAUUGAGGUACAUGGUGCAUUAAAUCCUCUCUUCCUACAUGAUCCCUCCUGUCGUGUUGCCAAAACAGUUCGAAAGGCUCUUGAACGUUCAUUGAAUAGUGCAAACAUCAUUCCCGAUUGGAUAUCGGAACGUAUCCCAGAUAUUACACUACAAAUGGAGGCCGAACGCUAUCAUCUAUGUGAAUUGCUGGAACAACGAUUCGCUUCAGAGGAACAAAGAAAAAUGAUAGACAGAACAACAAACGAGAGGGAGGCUACUCAGGCUACACAUUUUACAAAACCUCUGUUGAAACAGGCGGGAAAUGCAGCUUCUCAUAAGUAA